GCUUUCUGUUGCGCGAGAAGAAUGGAUUUCCUCCAGAGGGACCUGGCCCGUGUACUAAACGAAAUGGCACUAACGACUAUUGCUUCUUGGCAGGAGACGCCAGGGCUAACCAGCACGCCUACCUAGCUGCCAUGCACACACUGUGGAUCAGGGAGCACAACUACCUUGCUAGAAAACUCAGGGAAUUGAACAAGAAUGCUACCAAUGAAUUUAUAUUUCAAACCGUCAAAAAAAUAAUCAUAGCAAUACAUCAAUUUUUCACCUUCGACACCUACCUGUCAAUUGUUAUCGGCAAAGAAGCAGAGCGUUGGAAACUCACAUCUAAAUUUGGCAGAAGCAUUUAUAACCCAGGCCUCAACCCCUCUAUUUUAACGGAUGUCAGCACUGCAGGCUUAAGAUUCGGCCAUUCGACUGUUCCGUCGUUGUACUUGGUCGGAAAUAAGUUAGUGCUUCUGAGGUUUCUGUUUACCAG